AAAUACAGACAUAAGUACAAAUCAAUAAAAAAAGAAUUAUCAAAUACUGAAAUACAUGUUGAAGAAUUGAAUGAGAAAUUGAAUGAAUUAGAAACGCAAAAAAAAUACUUAAAAAUGGAAUUAGAUGUUUGUAACCUACAGCAUGAGAACAGUGUACAAAAACUAAAAGUAGCACGUAUAAGAUUACAGGAAUUUGAAGGACAGAAUAAUAAUUUACAAGAAGAGGUGGAAAUCUUGAACUUUUGUACACUUGAACAAUUACAUAAGAUCAAUAUAUUAACGAGUGAAAAAAAUAAUUUUGUAAAUGAAACAAAUAUGCUCAAAGAACAAUUUAGCCAUAAGCAAUCUGAAAUGAAUGAACAAAUUAAACUAAAAAAUGACUUAAUUAAAGAUAUCUACCAGAAAAUAAAUAAUUUAAAAAAUAUGAAAGUUGAAUUGGAAUCACUACUAAAGAAAGAAAAAAAAAAUUAUUUGAAUUAUUAAUUUAAAAAAAAUUAAUU